ACAAGAAACGUGCUUCUUUCUAGUAGCAAAAGCCAAAGGGUAAUCCAAAAAUUUGGGAGUACAACUUAAUGAGUGAAUCUUAACAAACAUAAAAAAACAUCCAGCCAGAUUGUUAAACAGAAUAUACACAACAGAUUAAGAGUGAGACUGAUAUCAAAGAUCUCAAACAAACAAAAAAGUCAACACAACAAUAAUAAUUUGUUCUUCAGACAAUAACACAAUCUUACAUGUUAAUGGAUUCUCCUUUGUUGGGACCGCAUCAUGUUCUUCCCAAUAAAUUCAUCCGGAAACUUUUUCUCUGUUUCCUUCUCUUCUUUCUCGCUGUCAUCACCAUUGUUGGGAUAGCAAUAAGAGGCAACAUAAGUUUUGAGAUAUUGAAAGGGGCCAAUGAGGGAGAUGUUGUUGAAUCAGAAGUUGGAGUUGUUGCAGCUGACGAUGCUCGGUGUUCGGCAGUUGGUGUUUCAAUGCUUAGGCUUGGUGGACAUGCUGUUGAUGCUGCAGUGGCUGCUGCGUUAUGCGUUGGUGUUGUUUUUCAAGCUUCAAGUGGCAUAGGAGGUGGCUCUUUUAUGGUUGUGAAAUCUUCUUCUAGUUUCAAAGCUCAAGCUUUUGACAUGAGAGAAACUGCUCCUUUAGCUGCUUCACAGAAUAUGUAUCAGACCAAUCUUGAAGCUAAGUCCUUAGGAGCCUUGUCAAUGGGAGUUCCUGGUGAAUUAGCUGGCCUUCAUGCAGCCUGGUUGAAGUAUGGAAGAUUGCCAUGGAAGACCUUAUUCCAACCGGCUAUAGAACUUGCGAAAAAUGGUUUUGUAGUGUCUCCUACUCUCGGCGAAUACCUAGUUAAAGAAGAAAGCAAGAUAAUGAAUGAUCUUGGGCUAAAAACCAUAUAUGCACCUAAUGGAAUUUUGUUAAAAGAAGGUGAGAUAUGUAGUAAUGUUGAACUUGGACAAAGCUUAGAGGUAGUGGCAGAGGAAGGGCCACAAGCUUUCUACAAUGGAACCAUUGGUGAGAAGUUGGUAAAUGAUGUAAGAGAAGCUGGUGGUAUUUUAACAAUGGAGGAUUUGAGAAAUUACAAAGUGGAAAUUACUGAUGCAAUGAUUGUGAAUGUGAUGGGAUACACCAUACAUGGAAUGCCACCUCCUUCGAGUGGAACAGUUGCUCUUUCUCUGAUCCUAAACAUCUUGGAGAGUUAUGGAAAUCCUGAUGCUGCAAAGGGUAAUUUGGGUAUACAUAGACUAGUAGAAGCUUUGAAACAUAUGUUUGCCGUUCGAAUGGACUUGGGGGACCCCGAAUUUGAAAACAUUAGUGGAACUGUAUCCAAAAUGCUUUCCCCGUCUUUUGCGCAAACUAUUCAGCGCAAAAUACUCGAUAACACUACUUUUCCUCCAGAGUACUAUAUGAACAGGUGGAGCCAAGUUAGAGAUCAUGGAACAAGCCAUUUGUGUGUUGUAGAUGCUGAUAGAAAUGCUGUAUCACUGACAACAAGUGUAAACCGGCAUUUUGGCGCGGGGAUUCGUUCGACUUCAACCGGUAUUGUGAUCAAUGAUGAAAUGGAUGACUUUUCCAUACCUACUGAUAUAUCUCCUGAAAAGUUACCUCCAGCACCAACUAAUUUUAUUGAACCAAACAAAAGGCCAUUGUCUUCCAUGACUCCUAUUAUAAUCACAAAGGAUGACCAAUUGGCUGGGGUACUUGGAGGAAGUGGUGGAAUGAACAUUAUUUCAGCAGUGACUCAAGUCUUUCUUAAUCAUUUCAUCUUAGGAAUGAAACCUUUAGAUGCAGUUUUGAGACCAAGGGUCUAUACCAAGCUAAUACCAGAUUGUGUUUGCUAUGAGAACUUGACUACUCAUGAUGGUGAUCAUAUUGAGGUUUCAAAAGAAAGUAGACUUUUCUUGAAUGAGAGAGGUCACCAAUUGAAUGCAUCUCAAGCACUAGCUAUUACUCAGCUUAUUGUUCAUACUCCUAAAAUACCUAUUAACAUUAAUAGGAAAAUUGGUGAAGACACUAAUUCAUAUGUAAAGCAUGGCACUCUAAUAGCAGUAAGUGACCCAAGAAAAGGUGGUUGUCCUGCUGCUGUUUAAAUUAAAUUGAUCAUUUCUUAUUGAUAUUUGUAAAAUUCAAAAAUAAAAAUAUAAAUCAUUAUUUUAAUCAGAACCUUUGUUCUAUCAAUGUUACAAUAUUCAUGUGUAGUGCUUGUUUGAAGCUAUUGUUGGAGGGAGAAAUUAAGUGUUUGGAUUAGUUAUUUUUAGUGCUCUUUGUAAACUAUUGAAUACUUGAGUAUUUAUAUUAAAUUUCUUUUGUAAAUCA